AUGACCCGUGUAUUAAAGGCUGGCGUUCUCGGCGCCACUGGCACUGUUGGCCAGCGUUUCAUCCUUUUGCUCUCUGAACACCCCGGCUUUUCGAUCCAUACAUUGGGUGCAUCGCCUCGCUCUGCAGGCAAGCCCUACAACAAGGCUACAAAGUGGAAGAUGUCUCAACCUAUCCCUGCAUCCGUUCGUGAUAUGGUCGUCCAGACUUGUGAGCCCUUGAAAGAGUUUUUGGAAUGCGACGUUGUCUUUUCAGGACUUGAUGCUGAUGUUGCUGGCGAUAUUGAAAUGGCAUUCCUGAAAGCCGACUUGGCCUUGUUUUCGAAUGCAAAGAACUAUCGCACCAAUGAGGAUGUGCCUUUGAUCGUUCCUUUGGUCAACUCUUCACACUUUGACCUUUUGGCUCACCAACGAAACAAACAUCAACUUAAGAAGGGAUUCUUAGUGACGAAUGCUAAUUGUUCGACUUCAGGUCUGGUCGUGCCAUUGAAGGCGCUUCAGGAUGCAUUUGGACCGUUGAGCAAGAUCAUUGUGACGACGAUGCAGGCCGUCUCGGGAGCAGGUUAUCCCGGUGUACCAUCGUUGGACAUUCUCGAUAAUGUUGUCCCUUAUAUCGGUGGAGAAGAACCCAAGAUGGAAUGGGAGACCUUGAAGAUCUUGGGAGGAUUGAACCAGGAUGCGACUGCAUUCGACUUGUUGAAGACUACAAAGGUCUCUGCGACUUGCAAUCGUGUGCCUGUUCUGGAUGGUCAUACUGAAUGUGUGUCGAUUGAAUUUGAAAGACGUCCUGCCCCUUCAGUAGAAGAGGUGAUCCAGGUCUUGGAGAACUAUCGAUCAGAGGCACAGGAGUUGGGCUGUCAUUCUGCACCAGAUCAAGCGAUCAUUGUCAGUAGAGAGGAUGAUCGGCCACAACCCCGUCUGGAUCGUGAGAAUGGUAAAGGUUAUAGUGUUACGGUCGGUCGUGUGCGCCCAUGUAAUGUCUUUGAUAUCAAGUUUACACUCUUGGCCCAUAACACUAUUUUGGGUGCUGCUGGAUCUGGAGUCUUGUUGGCUGAAUUGGCACAGAAGAAAGGUCUUAUUGCCUGA